AUGUUGCUUAUCUCUAAGUAUCUCUCCUUUCAUAGUAUCUCUCCUUUCAUAGUAUCUCUCCUUUCAUAUUAUCUCUCCUUUCAUAUUAUCUCUCCUUUCAUAGUAUCUCUCCUUUCAUAUUAUCUCUCCUUUCAUAGUAUCUCUCCUUUCAACACGUGUCCAAUGUACUCUCUCUCUCUCUCUCUCUCUCUCUCUCUCUCUCUCUCUCUCUCUCUCUCUCUCUCUCUCCUAACGAGAAGGCAACCCUCAAAUAAACAAAAAAAAAAAAGACUGAACCCUGAACUUCUAGACAAAUCAUCAAAUUCGAGGUACGCAGCCAAUCUAUUCUGCGAUAUUAACGAAGUCAACGCCAUGAUGAAAAUUCAACUUGUUGCCAUUUGUCUGUUUCUGCUGUCCUCCACUGUGGCAUCCUUGGACGUCAGAGGCAAAUCCAGUACUUUUGCACACGAAAGAUCUUUCUCUCGCUCUCGCUCUCUCUUUCUCUCUCUCUCUCUCUCGCUCGCUCGCUCGCUCCCACUAUUUAUCUCUUUCUCUCUUUCACUUCCACUAUUUCACUCUCUCGCUCCUACUAUUUCUCUCUCUCGCUCCUACUAUUUCUCUCUCUCUCUCGAUCCCGCUAUUUCUCUCUCUAUCUCGUUCCCACUAUGUCUCUUUAUUUCUCUCUCGCUUCCACUAUUGCUCUCUCACUCCAACUAUUUCUCUCUCUCUCUCUUUCUCUCUCUAUCUCUCGACCCUGCUAUUUCUAUCUUUCUCUCGCUCCCACUAUUUCUCUCUCUCAUUCUCUCUCUCUUAUAUAUAUAUAUAUAUAUAUAUAUAUAUAUACGGUAA